CCCCCGCCCCUCUCGUAUUUGUCAUCGACAGCGCGGCAAAGAGACUGCAAGAGACAGGCGGAGAUUGUGGGAGAGACCGCGCUAUAGAGGGGUGGAAAGAAGCAGUGAAGGGUAGACUUGAUUAGAUCACAACAGGGGUUGAACGGGAGGAAAGCUUUGUGUAGGGAUUGAGGGCAUACUUCCUCGGAACAUAAAGAUCAGGCAAGGGAAGUGAGAGCUGAGGGAGGAAGAGGACAGCAGAGCAAGAGGAAAACAGUUUCCAGGGUUAUACACUGACAGACCGAAAGAGACAAAAGGGUGGAGAGGCAGCGGUAGGCUGUCUGUUAUACAGUAGGGUAGACGAGCGGUGUAUUGAGAUACAUACUGCGAUCUAGACAGCAAGAUGAACCCGAACUGUGCCCGGUGCGGGAAGAUCGUGUAUCCUACUGAGAAAGUCAACUGCUUGGACAAGUUCUGGCACAAAGCAUGCUUCCACUGUGAGACCUGCAAGAUGACGCUUAACAUGAAGAAUUACAAGGGAUACGAUAAGAAACCAUACUGCAGCUCACAUUAUCCUAAGCAGUCGUUCACCAUGGUGGCUGACACUCCAGAAAAUCUCCGUCUUAAGCAGCAGAGUGAACUGCAGAGCCAGAUUCGUUACAAGGAAGACUUUGAAAAGAAUAAAGGGAAAGGUUUUAGUGUUGUGGCUGACACUCCUGAGUUGCAGAGAAUUAAGAAGACACAAGAUCAAAUCAGUAAUAUAAAAUACCAUGAGGAAUUUGAGAAAAACAGGAUGGGAAAUCAGGAUGGUGGCGAUUUGGUGCGCAGAGGUUCAGAGGACGAUACUAGUUACCGCAGGUCUGCUCAGGAGAGUGCACAGUCGCAUCAACCGCCUACCAGCAGUCAAGGCUAUCAGAUGCAACCACCACAGCCACAGCAGCAGCAAGCAAAGUCUUACGGUUAUCAGGAACCUCAAGCGCCAGUAGCCCCACGCGGUGCCCCAUCUGGUGGGAAGCGUUUUCGUGCUGUGUAUGAUUACAAUGCAGCAGAUGAAGAUGAAGUGUCCUUCCAAGAUGGUGAUACCAUUAUCAAUGUUCAGCAAAUCGAUGACGGCUGGAUGUAUGGGACCGUGGAACGUACAGGAGACACAGGCAUGCUUCCUGCAAACUAUGUGGAGGCUAUUUGAUUGAGACCCCACCUCAUCAUUUAUCUCAAAAUCAUGAAGCAUUCCAGUGCAACCCUGACCCUCCUAAUGUUUGGGAGAGGACAGCAACAUUUCCUAUUUUAUGUCCGUAUUGUCUUUAAAACUCUUCUGAUGUCUCCUUCCAGCAGAGGGGCUAAUUACCUCUUGCUUCAUCCCUUAUAUUCUAAAAGAAUAUAGCUUGGGGUGGUGCCUCCCUUGUAUCUGUUCAACCUCUCAAUGCGCUUUGCACUGGUAUAUAAUUUUUAUUUUUUUUAAUAGACUGGAGGGAGCGAGUAGUUCUUAAAACAUGAGCCAUGUGUUAAUUUCACAUUCCAGUUAUCCAAUUUACAAAAUUACUGGAUCAAAAGUAUGCAACACUUCAGUAAUUGAGAUACCCACUUCUUUUCAUAAAAUUCAAUUCUUAAAUCCAAAUUAAGAAUUUUUUAUUUUUUAAAUAAAAUAGCAACAUUCCAUUUCUUCCCAAAGAAACUUGAGAUUUAAAAAAAAAUACAAAAUUGUAAUUUUGAUUUUAUCAUGAGCUGCAUAUUUGAAAAGUCAAGUUAGCCAAGAUUGGUUUGUCUUUACAGUAUCUUCUUCCAGUAGAUGUUUUCACUAUUUUGUUACUCAUCAAAACUGUCAAUAUUUAAGAACAUUCCUGGCAUUUAUCUGGGAAACGUUUUCAAAUGUAGAACUAGUUUAAAUAUAGAUUGGCGGAUACCCUUCUACAAUAUACAGAAUAAUCGUGUCUAAAAGAAGCAUUUGCCUGGUGCAUUGUGUUACACAAAUACAUUUCAAUUUAUGCCCCCUCUGUUCUUCUGGUUGUCACGCAAUGGCAAUUUCAUGUUUAUUUGGGGGGAGGUGAAGGAAUGUAAAAUAUAUACCAUAAUCAGCACAAUCUACUUUGUCUCUGAGCGAUACCAAUCAUCACGCUAAUCACAUAAGGGUGCUAGCCACAAUAUGUCUGAAAUUUGACUUUAAAAUAAAGAUAUAAAUGUAUAGUGUAGUAAAUUAGUAGACCACUUAAAAGAUUUAAUUAUAAUAUUUUUACAUUUAAAUUCCCCCAGUGUAUGUAUAUGUGUAUACAGGUAUACCCCGCUCAUACAGCGGGUUAGGGACCGGAGCCCCGCUGUAAAGUAAAAACCGCCUUAAAGUGAAACAAGGCGGCUUUAGCUUUCGUUUCAGUGUUUAAAAACGUAAAUAUUUGAACUAACAUAUAUUAGGGGUGCAAUAGUUCUAUGUUUAGUUUAACACUAGCACAGCACAGUAUUCAAUUAGUAUUCAAUAAAUACUGUAUCUGUAAAAUAGUGACAAUUACUGUAGUAAAAUUUGCCAGACUAUAGCACUGAGACACAGAUUGCACUGCAAUGCAGUUAACAGAGUGAACUAAGCAUAACAAAAUGGUGCCAGCCACAAAGCGCUGUAUUAGCGAAUCGCUGUAAAGUAAAGCGCUGUAAAGUGAGGUAUACCUGUAUGUAUAUAUAUAUAUAUAUAUGUAUAUAUGUGUGUGUAUGUAUGUGUAUAUGUAUGUGUAUAUAUAUAUAUAUAUAUAUAUAUAUGUAUGUAUGUGUAUAUAUAUAUAUAUAUAUAUAUAUAUAUAUAUAUAUAUAAAAUUUCCCCCCCAUACUGUUACGUGUUUGAAACAUAGCUUCAGGUAGGUUUUAAGUAAAGGGACAAGUGUUUUCUUUUUUUUUAAUAAAUAAAAAACAUGUAUAUAACAGACGAAUAGCAAAACGGUUAGGGACAACAUUAAUGUUUUAAUUUUUGCUUGUUUUUUUUAAAUAAUAUUGAUUUUUUUUUAAAAAGCUUAUUUUGUCUCAUACACUUUUCUGCUUUGACAGCCCCCAAAGUUCUGAUUUUCCUUUUUUUUUUUAUUCCACACUUGGUCUAAACUAGGUAAUCUAGUAUGUUUUAUUAAGUACAAUGAAUUCUAGUUGGCCAACAAUGAUUGUUUUGUAAACAACACCUAAGGGAGUAUUACAAGAACUAACCACACUUGUCUAUUGACUUUACACAUUUUAAUAACGGCAGUCCUAAUGCUAACGUUGUCAAAGCUGUAAACUAAAGCACCUUGAGCCAAAUUUCUGCUCUGUUUGUUUCUUACUUGUAAAUUAAGACCUGCAGCAACAGGAAGAUUAUUUUUUUUGCUUAGAUUACAUACAGGUCUAUAUCAUAAACUAUGCUCCAAAUUCUUUAAUUUGUGUAUAUUUUAAGGCCCUUACCCUGGGAGUAAGACAGAAGAGAAACACAGAUGUUAAAGGGACACUAUACCCAAACAUUUUCUUUCAUAAUUAAGGUAGAGAAUACAAUUUUAAACAACAUUCCAAUUUACUUCUAUUACUUAAUUUGCUUCAUUCUUUAGAUAUACUUUAAUGAAGAAAUAGCAAUGCACAUCGUGAACCAAUCACAGGAGGCAUUUAUGUGCAGCUACCACUCUGUAGCUACUAAGCAUAUUUAGAUAUGCUUUUCAGCAAAUAAUAUCAAGAGAAUGAAGCAAAAUAGAUAAUAGAAGUAAAUUAGAAAGUUGUUUAUAAUUGUAUGCUCUUUCUAAAUCAUGAAAGAAAAAAUUUGGGUUUCAUGUCCCUUUAUAUUAUUAAAAUGUGUGAGCUAAACUGUAAAGUACAUGGGGUAAAGCACAAGUUUCUGCAAUACUCCUACAUCACAUUUAACAAAAGCACAAUUACUAGAGCAAAUCAAACUGGAACUUGGGAAGUUCUUACACAAUACUGUAAAAUACUUUACACAUUCCUAACCAAUUAUGCAUCUUUUUUUUUCCAUCUGCAGAUAGCUAACUUCUUUUUAGAUAAAAAAAAUAAUUUGUCUGAAGCACUCCAUCUUUACGGUUAUAGUGAAACUGUACAAGGAAAUGAAUUCAUUAUGUCCUUCUGCAUUGAAAAGGGUUAAUUGGCACUACCAUAUUAGACCAUUUCACUGGACCAAAUUUUUGCCCCAUCUUGUGUAACGCCCUCUUGCCAACACAUUGCCUCUUGUACUUUUCAAUCAUGCAUAUUUUCUCUCAGUGUUUAGUUUAUCUUUAUCCCUUAGCUGGAAAGCCUUUGUAUCAAAUUGCUUGGGCCUAUAAUCAACCAGUAAAAAUGAUUAAAAUAUAUAAAUUGUGCCGCUAAGAAAAUAAGCUUUCUUGGUUUACUCAAAUUAAAAAUAAAAAUAUCAUAUUUUUAA